GAGUCUUUUAUUGUUUCAAGUUUGAACUAUGAUCACCCACCUCACACUCACUGCAUGAAUGCUGGCAAGCGACCCUGAGUCCAGAAAACACGGGGUUUCUAUACAGUAUAAAUUCCAUGAAUGUUCACAGAAAAGGGGAGUAGAGGGUUGUAAUCAUUUGGUGGAAUGGUACUGAAGCAGGAUGGGGGUUAGUGGGUGUCUGUUCAGGGACUAAUUUUAUGGCCAGUCGUAACUGUCUGUGACCUAACCUCUGAUUACCUUUUCUCCAUGAUUUAAACGUGAGACCUUCCUUGAGCUUAUUAAUUCUCUAAGGUCUCAAGGACAGGCACCUAGAGAGUUCUGCUGCUUAUCAGGAGGAGUGUUGGUUUUUGGAGACAUAAAGGCAGGGAGGAUGUCUCAUGCUGUCUCCUCAAAGUGUCCUCAUUAAGGGGGAGUUUUAUGGGUAGUGCCGUUCUAAUGCUAGGGGAGCAACCAGGGAAGGGGGAGGGAGCCCUGGGCUUGCUGCAGGAGAAUGAAGCACAGAAACAAGCUGUCUGGGCAUUGUGCUUGUCAGGGGCUGGAGGGAGGAUGGGAGCUUCUGGUGCAGGGUGGGGAAUGCAGAGGCAAACUAUCUGUACACAACACUGAAGUCUCUCUAGUAUCAGUAACUCAGGGGUUACAACAGAGAAAUCACAGCUACAGGUUUGGACACUAUCUGAUAACACUUAGCUUUGGGUCGAGUGGCCUGCUAAGUUAACAUGUUGAAGGAAAAGUAGUGCUCUGUACAUUCCAAGUGAUCUCCCUAAUGGCCACAAAGCUACCAGGUAGGAUCUCGUGAGAAGGCUAAAGAUGUCUCUAGAUAACUUGGCUCUGGACCUGCAAAAUCCCAAACUCUCCAGGUUACUGAAGUUCUAAUCAGUCAGCCUUGCAAAUGUUAAUUUGAAGGUAUAGCUUCUUUCUUGGAAGAUUUUCUCACCCUUAUCUAUUUGGUAUUUUAAAAUUGCUAUUAUUUCACAAUGCCUAUGAUUAUUGAUAGUUCUAGAGGCUAAUGGACAUUGUUUCCAAAUAUCUGAUUCACAUGUUAGCUAACAAAAGAGAAUUUAGUUGUUUCUAUGUGAUCGUCUUAUUACCCUUUUACUAACUUUUUGAAAUAAUUACAACUAAAUGUAAAACUAUUAAUAAGAAAUAACUUGGUGUCCUUAACAAAUAAAAUCGCUCACAAAGUAAAGUACCUUAGCUUUUUAAAGGGGAAAAGCUGGGGCUGGAGAAAGGGCUCACCAAUUAACAUUUGCUGUUCUUCCAGAGAAACACUCACAUAUAUCAGUAACUACAGUUCCAAGGGACCGAUCUCCAUAGGCACUGCACACUCACGCCAUAUAAACGAAGGCGCAGUUACACAUAAACAAAAAUAAUAAAAGUAAAUAUUUUAAAAUGGAGACAACAGGGCCUAAAAAGAUGGUUCAGAGCAUUUGAUGCUUUUGUAGAGGACCAAGGUUCGGUUCUCUCAGUACGUAUAAGGUGGUUCACAACCAUUGUCACUGGAUUCAACGCCCUCUUCUAGCCUCUACCAACAAAGAGUGGUGUGGCAAAGUAUUUAUACACCGAAAGAGUCAAUAUUUUUAAAGGCGUGUCUGGAAUCCGAUCUGAGAGCAGCUUGGCUUUGUGCUAGGGCUGCAGAGGACGCUGCGGCUGCCGCCCAGAGCGUGAAGAGCGCGGUUGGACCGUUACUCCGUCCAUUCACCCACAGGUUUACUCUCAUCAGAGCUCACGAAAAACAGCCGUAAAAGAGGAAAAUCCGAUUAUGGGACUGGGAAACUGAGCGAGAAGGGAGAGACCGGACAAUGGGACACAGCGGGCUGCAAAGCCGCGGGGCGGGGUGGGGCAAGAAUUUUGUGCGCGCGCGAGCGGAAGGGGCGGGACAGACGGGAGGUCGGACGCAGGCGAGCGGAAGGGGCGGGGACGCGCCUCAGGCCUUUGUGGCUAAUGUCCGCUACUCGGGCUGCUCCUCCGCUGUAGCUGGGGCUCCGUCCGGCGGGGAGCCCUGCGGCAGAUCCCGAAGUCGCCGCUGUCAGCUGGAGAGCCCCGUGGAGCCCCCUCGGGCACGCGCCUACGCUGUGCUUUAACCCGGAAGCUAAAAAUAGGGUGCGUGCGGCGAGCCGCGAGGAAGGCAGGAAAGAAGAGGUUACACCUGGGCCCCGAGAGGCUCUGGAAACUCCUCCCCAAGCACAAAACCCAACUGUACUAAGCUUUUUGUGAGCUAUUUCAGCCCAGAAUGGCUGUGGAAUCCAGAGCAAUUUCAACUUUAAAACCUCAGGACCAUCAAGAAGAAUUAAUACUAGUGAAAAUAGAAGAUAGUAGCUUUUCUUGGAGUCAGAAAUGUAAACAGAAUGGGAGUGCCCAAUCUUGCCAAGAAUUAUUUCGCCAGCAAUUCAGGAAGUUUUGCUAUCAUGAAACACCUGGGCCCCGAGAGGCUCUGGGGCGACUCCAGGAACUUUGCCAUCAGUGGCUAAUGCCAGAGUUGCACACAAAGGAGCAGAUCCUAGAACUGUUAGUGCUGGAGCAGUUCCUGAGCAUCCUACCUGAAGAGCUGAAGAUAUGGGUUCAACAACAUGGUCCAAAAAGUGGUGAGGAAGCUGUGACUCUACUGGAGGAUUUGGAGAAAGAGUUUGAUGAUCCGGGGCAGCAGGUCCCAGAUAAUCUACAAGGACCGUCAGUGUCAUGGAAAGAUUUGACAUAUCUCAAAACAUCCCAAGAUUCAACCAGCAUCCAAGUCCGGCCUUUGAAGACACAGCUGAAAUCCUGGAAUCCUUGCCUUUCCUCUAAAAGUGAUGCUAAGAAUAAUGAAUCAACAGCAAAAGAGGACAUUUCAGAAGAAAAAGCACCAGAACUCUCUUGGGAUCCUUCAUGUAGAGGUGUCAGUGAGCACAAAAGCAAUUUAGAAUGGCAGCAAAGAAGUUCCCCUGUCCACAGGGGCAGUUUUAGUCAAGUGAUCUUCACACACAAAUCCUUAGCAAAGAGAGACCAUCUUGAUGAAUCUCAAAGAUGCUUGAUUAUAAGUACAAACUCUGUAACAUGUCAGAAAGUCUCUACAGAUGACAGACCUUACAGAUGUGAUGUAUGUGGGCAUAGCUUUAAACAACAUUUCUCUCUAACACAACAUCAGAGAAUACAUACUGGAGAAAAGCCCUAUAAAUGUAAUCAGUGUGGGAAGGCCUUUAGUUUGAGGUCAUAUCUUAUUAUUCAUCAGAAAAUCCAUAGUGGUGAAAAAGCAUAUGAAUGCAAUGAAUGUGGAAAGGCCUUCAAUCAGAGCUCAGCUCUCACUAGACAUCGGAAAAUUCAUACAGGUGAGAAAGCUUGUAAAUGUAAUGAGUGUGGAAAAGCAUUCAGUCAAAGUUCUUACUUAAUUAUACAUCAAAGAAUUCACACUGGUGAGAAACCCUAUGGGUGUAGUGAAUGUGGGAAAACCUUUAGCCAGAGCUCAAAGCUUAUUAGACAUCAGCGAAUUCAUACAGGAGAGAGACCAUAUGAAUGUAAUGAGUGUGGAAAAGCUUUCAAGCAGAGCUCAGAGCUGAUUACCCAUCAGAGGAUACACAGUGGAGAGAAACCUUAUGAAUGUAAUGAGUGUGGAAAAGCCUUCAGUCUGAAUUCAAACCUCAUAAGACAUCAAAGAAUCCACAGUGGAGAGGAGCCUUAUCAGUGUAAUGACUGUGGCAAAACCUUCAAAAGGAGCUCAGCCCUUGUUCAGCACCAGAGAAUCCACUCUGGGGAUGAAGCGUAUAUAUGUAAUGAAUGUGGGAAGGCUUUUAGGCACAGGUCAGUGUUAAUGCGCCAUCAGAGAGUCCACACUAUUAAGUAACUUAAUACAAUGAUUCAUAAAUACAUCCAUAUAUUUUUAUCUUUAUCAGUCAAAAGGUUGACUUUGGAGCAAGAUUCCGAGGCAAUUUUUUUUUUUAAAAAAAGUAGUCUUUAGUCAAUCUAACUUGCUUUGUGCGGCACUUCCCCAAUGUUAAUGAAAUUUUCUUUGAAACUUCCUGUGACUUAACCAGAAAGAAAUAUAAGACCAUUACUUUGAGCUUUGCUCUUAACAUUAGGAAUACUCAGGAAAAAAAGAAGUAAUGCAAUAUUGCGACCUUAUUAUCUAUGAGAAUGUCAUGUGAAAAGGCUUCAUUCUGUCACUACAUCUGACUGUCAAUGUACCAGGUUUGUGAGACAGUAUGGUUGGCGUUAAGAGACUGCUUAAGGAACUCAAAAACUUUUACUCAACAGUCAAUAGACAAUGAGAAAACAUUUUCAUUGAUGAUUUGUUGAUCUAAAGACAAGCCCAGAGGCAGGCAGAUUUCUGAGUUCGAGGCCAGCCUGGUCUACAAAGUGAGUUCCAGGACAGCCAGGGCUAUACAGAGAAACCCUGUCUCAAAAAACAAACAAAGAUAAAAAAGAAAUGAAAUGAACUUGAAAAGUAAAAGAUACAAGUUAAUUUAUAAAGUGAAGAGUCCCAUCUGUCCCCACUGCCAUGCUGGGAACUAAUUUAGGGCUUCACAUGCUAGCAAGUAGUUAGUCCUAUGUUACUAUAUUUUUUAAUACUCGUUUUGUGUCAGGAACUCUGAAUAUAAUGGAGUGGGGGAGAAUGAUUUCUAUAGUCUAAUAGCUAUUACCAGUCAGGUAAUGACAAUGUAGUCAGUCUAUUACGACUUUUAAAGAUUGCUGCUUAAGCAUUUUUCCUAUUUCCUUGACCAAGAACUUGGAUAAAGGAAAUUGAAAUGAUAUGAAGAUUGAGGGGUUAACCAGGAAAGAAAGCCAGGUAACAGGAAAGGAAGAGAUCUUUCUGUUUAAUGGAAGGAACAAAACAUGGAACAUUGCCUACUGAGUUCAGAAUUGGCAUCACAUCUCUGAGAAGUAUGACUGCAGAUGAGCCUAUGAAGAUUAAAAACCUAAAGUCCUUAGUCACAGCACCAUGAAGAGCUUUGUCUUGGUUAGUGUGGCCUAAUGGAAAAGGAGAAUAAGUAGUUUCCUGGCCCAACCUGAGACAACAUUUAAAUUUCUACAGAGAGAGUGGUAGGAGUGGAAUAUAUAAAAGAAUAGCCCAGAUAGAGACUCUUUGAGUUCUUUAGAAUAUUGGAGUUGAUGUAUUAGAAGAUUCUACGGCAACUGUAUCUAAAGCUGCUUCUCCACCAUUUCUCCAUCUUAGCAUGACUGCCUGAGCUCGGGUAUUCAAAAAUUGUCAGUUUCUGAGUCCUUGGCUUUUUCUCCAGAUACCUCACACAUGUCUUCUGUUAGCGAUAUUUAGCAGUACCUUGAAAAAAAUGUAAGGACCAUGCUAGAAAACGGACAACAAAAGUAAUAAUUACUGCUAGUCAGGACUUUUCCUCUUCUGAAGAAUCCAUCAGAAGAGUACUGUAAGGCUAGUGUACAGUGCAAGGCGAAAGUUGAUCAACUCAAGCCUCCUCAUCCCUGUGCUCUGGACGGUGAGACAAGGUUGAAGCAUUCCUGGCCAAUUGAAGCUACAUAAUAGGACCUAGGACCCCAUCUCAAAAUAUUGGGGAUAAAAAGCUGUUUGGAAGAAUAACAUACCAAACUCAAAUCUAUGUAUAAACAGAAAAAUAAUUUUUAUGAGGAUACGAAAGUAAUACUGUCUUGGACAUUUAUAGGUGAGUAUGUACUAACCAAUAAAAAUAAUGAGCCAAAUGCCUAACGUAGAUGUUAAGUAGGAAUGUUUACAACAGGGAAAGAACUCUGGAGUUCUUACAUAGAUCAGAAGGAAAUGUAAAAGGUGUUUGCCAAGGGCUUUGUGUAUAUGUUAGUCAUUAGUACAAAUCAUAUUUUGUACAUAGGAAAUGGAGACUUAUAGCUACAAAGUCAGAAUUUGAAAUCAGAACCCUAUUCAGGGAGCACAAUGAAUCUUUUUCAUUAAAUGUUAAUCCCCGGGUGAGGCUGGUAGGGAACAGAAGCCCAAGAGAGAGUUGUAAAAAUAAGUACUUGCUUUCUGUAACAUCCCUGUCUCAAGUCUAACAAACUUAACUCUGAUCUUUCACUGUUGAUCAAUUCAAUGCAGACUUACCUGCCUCAUAAUAUUAGAAGAAUCCCCUUCAGAUCUCCUAUGCAAGUAACUUACAUGUUUAAAGAUUUAUGGCUGAGAAAAGUGUGUCUUGUAAAUGAUUAAUAGCUGUGGUCAUUAGUGCUUUUCCAUGAAUUCAACAGGCAUAUACAAGUUAUCUUGACUAUAUUCUCAUGUUAAAGAGCUGAAGAUCUUAAGUUUCAAUCUUUAUGAAAUGGAGCAGACACCAACAUCAGCUGAAAGAAAGGGUUGUUUUGUCUCUCAACAGCCUUUUCUGAAAGAAAAUAACUAAUGCCUUUCUCUCUGCUCCAUGCUUUUUUUCCUCUUGCUCUCGUGGCUGUCUAAAAUGUCUAUAAAGCAGCACUUGCCUUACAUGGAUCUUAAACCAAAUUAAAGUCAAGGAAGAAUUUUAUAGAAUCUGAAGGAUUGACUCUGUAUUUCCCUUAAGUGGCUUAUCAUCUGCAGACCUAAUGCUGAGGGACUCUCCAGGCUCCAGCGUCCGUCAGCUUCCAAUGCAUGCUGUUUCCUUGGUAUACAUGCAUGACUUCAGAAACACCAGUUUUUAUUUUUUUAUCAUGCUAAUUCUGAAUACUUCUUGAUCAUGUAGGUCAUUUACGAUGUGAAACAUUUCACGUUAUACAACUCAGGCUAUUACAAACAGGAAAAGAAAGCAACCUGAUUUCUGAACUAGGGUCACAAACAGCUCCAGCAGGAACUAGAGUGAAGGCAUGAAGCAGGAGUGUCCAUUCCUUAUCAUGCCAUGUAUUGCUAUGACCUCUGCAUCUGUUCUGCCAUUAGCCAAGCUGCUGAUUCUACAUUUUAGGUCUUAAUAUCACAUCCAAGAAAUUUCUAGUUAACUCAUAGAUCAGAUAAAAUCUCUGAUAUUUCUUCCAACAGACUCCUGAAUUUAACUGGCAUAGUUAUUGCCACAGACUUAACCAUAAUAAUUAAAUAUGUAUAUUCUAUUAGCCCUUAGUUUGGAGAAGACAAUGACCAAGCCUAUUCACCCAGUGGCUAAGCCCAGCAGAUUCUAAAUAAGGAAGUACACUGUAACAGGAAUCUCAGGGUUAAAGGCACUAGCAAGAUAUUAAUACUCCUCAGAUAUUAAUUAAACUGAUCCAGGACAUGACAUUUCAUAGCCUCAAUUCAACAUUUCAGGGUUCAGUAACUCUUAAAACAUGCCUACUCCUGUCAGGCAUAAACACUUUUAUAGACAGACCUUAUAAAGAGAUCUUACGGAUCUGUGCCCCAAUCAUGGACUUACAUGAAGGUGCUCAAUGGCAGUUCUAUCUGAAGUGGAGAGUGGGAUGAAGAGCGGAUUGGUGAGAGUCCUCAUCCAGAAAUGGGUCAGUUCCCCCCCCCCCCAACCCCCUUAGAAAAUACCAUUCUUUGUAGACAAGUUUUGGAUAAAAUUCUUCUUUCAAUAUGCAAACAUUUUGUGUGGAUCUCUUUUUACAGAACUGGGCUGGAAAGACAAAAAUCCUGCUAUCAGGAAACUUCUCUAUCUUUUGUGGAGUCUCACCUUCAAAGUGAAUUCCUUGCAUUUCACAAUUGUACAACCACUGACCCUUAGAGCUGAACUCUGGUAUGUGUUCUCUGAUGCUGCACAAGGCCUGACCUAUGCCUAAAUAUUUUCCUGCAUUCAUUACAUUCAUAAGGUUUCUCCCCAGAGUGAGUUCUCUGGUGCACAGUGAGUGCUGAGCUUCUAUUAAAGGAUUUUCCACAUUCAUUACA